AAUCCUUCAUCUGUUCCGUAAACCUGAUGAUCUCUAGACAUUUUACUAGAUAUCAAGAAAUUGAAACGGUCUGAAACUGACUCCAAUGUAAACCAACCUCCACGUAACCUAUUCUGCUCCGAGCGCUCGUUGUGCAAAUUCCUAUUUCAUGGAGCCUAAUGACAUUCUCUCAGUCAUUGCUGAUCGCAAGCGGGAUCAGGUAUCAACAAAAUGAGCUCUUGGUUAACGAUCUUGGCCUUGGUUUUCGGCUUUUGCACCGUUGAGGUUGUAUUAACUUCGCCAAACAACACAAGAUCCGGCAAAGUGCUUUCAAUUUUUCAAAUUGUCCGAUUUAAGAAUGAUCCUUGCAGUGGAUCCGCGUCAAGAAAUGGAGUGGGUCUGCCAGCGGAAGUUGCGCCCAAGGAUUUGGGGUUUGCUGCAUUUUCAGUCUGAGUUGUGGAGGUGUUUCUUCCGAAAACUGCACCUAUCUCGAGCAAAGUGGAUCAAGCAAUCCUGUCUCUAAUCCUUGUACAUUCAAGAUCUGCAAAUGCUCUUCCAACAUUUGCAGAAUUAGACUGGACUUUACGAGCUUUUCGAUUGCUGGACCGACCGUGGGGACUGCUUCCACAAGAGCUCAAAUAAUCAAUGGGGGUUCCAUUGGAGAUUGCACCACGGAUACUUUCAGCGUUACAGCUCCGGAGGGCAUGUCGUCGCCGGUUAUUUGUGGCUUCAAUACUGGCCAACAUAUGAUUUUGGACGCCUCCGACGGAUGCCAUCAGGCCGCAUUUGACUUCAGUGGAACAGGAACAACCCGCCAGUUUGAAAUUAAAGUCACCCAGUACGCUUGUGGAGAUGAAAAUGGAGGGCCCAAUGGAUGUCUUCAGUACUUCACGGGCAACACAGGAACAUUUGCUAGUUUCAACUUUCCCACAUCGUCCAGCAGCAUCUCUUCAACUGUGACCCACUUGUCUAGUCAAUGCUACACAAUGUGCUUUCGGCAAGAGUUGGGAAAAUGCGCCAUUUGUUUUUCAACCGUAAUCGUGGGAACGGGCACAGCCAUAGAUCAAGGCUCUUUUGGCCUAUCAACAGCUGUCCCGGGAACCGAUCCCACCGGUCUUCAAGAUACUGGGUGCGUUGAAGAUUAUCUUCAGAUUCCUGGAGCCCAAAGGGAUGCCAUGCCCGAUGCCGAAAUGUUUAUUGUGGGGUCAAUGUCACCUUUCGUUCAUUACCGAAUAUGUGGCCGAUUCUUCAGUUUUACAGACGUAGCGACCCAACAAGGAGGAGUGGUCAAUACGGAAUCCAUUUGCAGUAAGUACCAAAAUGUCUGCGUAUACUGAUAUGUGGGCACAAACCACUGGAACAUGGUGAGUACAGCAUGAUGGAGAAUACUUGUUCCAAGUCAAUGCGAUCAAGAACCAAUUACUAGACUGUGUGUUCAUACUGUUUUCAAAUAGCAUGCUAAGAGCUAAGAGGUUCAUUGAAUUUAUGUCCAUGUUGCGGAAGCUAGUCUCGCGCUUUUACAUUAAAAAAAAGAUUGAUUCUACUAUCUCACAAUUA